UCAGCCUGCCUCUUGUCGGCGGAAUGCUGAUCACCUCCGGAAUGAAAAGGGGAGAGCGCUGAUUGGGAAAUUCGCAGGAUUUUGGCUUCCACGAGGACCGAGGAGGGCCUUUUGUGGUGAAAUGUUGCAUAAAUAAUGGCAACAAGGGUCGAAAUGCAGCGGUUGCUAUGGAGACCUUUGUGCCUGGGUGAACUCUAUUCUACUGUAGAAAGCGGCGAGUCUUCAGCUGCCUGCACUGGCCCAGGCGUUUGCUAAUGACUGACAAAAGUUAUUUGCUCGCCGUGAAGGGGGAUGUCAGCUUGGAGGGGCUUGGAGUGUUUGCCUUUGCUGUUUGCAUAGCAUGAUCCAUGCUAAGGCAGGUGCCCUUGGCCCGUACCAGUUCUGUUCCUCUCCCACAUUUCCUGAAGCUGUGAAUUUGUUGGUCACUGCCCUUGCCUAAGGAGCUGCAGUUUGAAAGACUAACUAGAGAGCUGGAGGCCGAGCGCCAGAUUGUCGCCAGCCAGUUGGAGCGAUGUAAACUGGGAUCUGACACAGGCAGCAUGAGCAGCAUUAGUUCGACAGAGGAUUCCUUUCGCUGGCACAUACAAGAUGCACAGAAAAGUGCGGACGAUGAAAUUGCCAGUGGCUUGGAGCUAGUGGACUCCUGCUUGAGGUCCCUUCAAGAGUCCGGAAUACUGGACCACCACGAAUACACUUCAACUGAAAGGUCCAACCCUCUCUCCCAGAGUGCCUCACAUGUUAAUGCCAAUCCAGAAGGCUCCUACCAGUACUCCGGCAGUUACCAUAGCAACCAGACCCUCUCCCGAGGUGACUCAACCACAUCGCAGCUCUCUGGGAGGACCUCCAGUGGUCAGAUUGGAGCAGGUGUCGGUGUUCAUAACUACAGUCAGGUUAACCGGAUUGGUGACACCAGUCGUACUUCGGGUUCAGAGAGCUCUCCAUCCCACUCUGCAUCGCAGUCAAGGGAGGCUUUUGUGCCAAGCCAAGGGAGUGCAUUCCGCCUGCCUGACUCUCAGCACCCGUCUUCAGUCUACUAUGUCAGUGCCACGCUUCCCGCUCAGAGAGUGAGCUCUCCCAUGUCCCUCCAGCGGACAGGCUCACCACCGAAGCUCCAGCGAGCAGGCUCGGCUGCAGAGAGCAGUGUCUACAGCGCUCAGCGGCUUGCCUCCCCCAAGCAAAUGGCAUCCCCUAGCCGCCUUUCCAAGUCCUACAGCACCAGCUCCCCAGUCAACAUCGUGGUGUCCUCGGCAGCCCUCUCUCCCUCACCCCCAGCCAUUGCCGCCACUUCGCCCGCGCACCAGGCCAGCUCAGUCCAGCCCAGCUAUGCCACGCUGUCGCCCACCAAACGCCUCGGCCAUCCGUCUGAUCCAUACGGCAAGCACCCACAGGACUUGUAUGAGCGCUCUACUCUCCAGAGGCCUGGAAGUCUGGCAGCCAGUUCCCGUGCCUCCUACAGCAGCCAGCACAGCCACCUGGGCCCAGACCUGCGCCCACUGCAGUCUCCAGAGCACCACAUCAACCCCAUAUAUGAAGAUAGAGUCUAUCAAAAGCCCCCUAUGAGGAGCCUAAGUCAAAGCCAAGGAGACCCGCUGCAGGCAUCAUUUGCAGGAACAUAUCGCACUAGUACAGCCCCGCCCUCCCCCGCUGUUGACUCCGUAUCCUUGCAGCGCACGGGCAGCCAGAACACCGCGACCUACCAGAGACCCAGCUACGCCACUGGCCCAGCAGCCAAUUACGGAGAUCCCUACCGGACACUGCAAUACUGUCCUUCAGUGGAAUCACCAUACAGCAAGUCUGGACCAGCCAUCCCGCCUGAAGGUACUUUGGCAAGGUCACCUUCCAUCGACAGCAUUCAGAAAGACCCCAGAGUUCAGCAAAGCAGCAUGCCCUGCAGAAAGUGGCGGUCAGGCUCAACCCUGCGCGCAGCACCUGAUACAACUGGGAACAGAUGUGGGAGAAGAUGGCACACCUUAAGGAAGCUGCCAAGGGAGUUUGGUUGGCGGGAUCCUGAGCUGCCAGAGGUCAUCCAGAUGUUGCAACAUCAGUUCCCUUCAGUGCAGUCCAAUGCUGCAGCCUACCUGCAACACCUGUGCUUUGGAGACAAUAAGAUCAAGGCGGAGAUAAGAAGACAAGGUGGAAUCCAGUUAUUGGUUGAUCUGUUGGACCAUCGAAUGCAAGAAGUGCAUCGCAGUGCCUGUGGAGCCCUUAGAAACCUGGUAUAUGGGAAGGCAAAUGACGACAACAAAAUUGCUUUGAAAAACUGUGGUGGAAUUCCAGCACUGGUACGACUGCUUCGGAAGACCCCUGACGUGGAGAUCAGGGAGCUAGUUACAGGUGUUCUGUGGAACCUGUCAUCAUGUGAUGCGCUGAAGAUGCCAAUUAUCCAGGAUGCACUUGUGGUACUUACCAAUGCGAUCAUCAUCCCACACUCUGGUUGGGAUAUUUCUCCUCAUCAGGAAGACCGAAAAAUUCAGCUCCACACAUCAAUGGUCUUACGGAAUGCCACUGGGUGCUUGAGGAACGUGAGCUCAGCUGGUGAAGAGGCACGGAGAAGGAUGAGAGAAUGUGAUGGCCUCACCGAUGCUUUGCUGUAUGUGAUUCAGUCCGCUCUGGGGAGCAGUGAGAUUGAUAGCAAGACAAUUGAGAAUUGCGUCUGCAUCUUGAGGAACCUUUCUUACCGGCUGGCAGCAGAAACAGCCCAGGGACAACAGAUGGGCACAGAUGAAUUUGAUGGGUUACUGUGCAGCGACAGCAACGGGAAAGACAGCGAGAGUUCAGGUUGCUGGGGCAAGAAGAAGAAGAAAAAGAAGGGUCAAAAUCAGUGGGAUGGUGUUGGACCGCUUCCAGAAGCAACAGACCCACCAAAGGGCAUACAGCUCCUGUGGCAUCCCUCAAUCGUCAAACCCUACCUCACACUUUUGUCAGAGUGCUCAAAUCCAGAUACCCUUGAGGGGGCAGCAGGAGCCUUACAGAAUUUGGCUGCAGGGAGCUGGAAGUGGUCUAUUUACAUCCGUGCUGCAGUCCGGAAGGAGAAAGGUUUGCCCAUUCUCGUGGAGUUGCUGCGAAUAGACAAUGACCGUGUUGUGUGUGCUGUUGCCACGGCAUUACGAAAUAUGGCUUUGGAUGUCAGAAACAAGGAGCUCAUUGGCAAAUAUGCCAUGCGAGAUCUUGUCCACCGUCUUCCUGGAGGCAGCAGCAGCACUGGCACUGGAACCGGCACAAGUGCAGUCAGCAAAACCAUUUCCGACGAGACAAUAACUGCCAUCUGCUGUGCUUUGCAUGAAGUCAUCACUAAAAACAUGGAAAAUGCCAAGGCCUUGCGAGAUUCAGGAGGAAUCGAGAAACUCAUCAGCAUUGCCAAGAGUAAAGGAGACAAGCACUCACCGAAGGUGGUGAAGGCAGCAUCUCAAGUUCUGAACAGUAUGUGGCAGUAUCGCGAUCUGAGGAGCCUCUAUAAGAAGGACGGAUGGUCUCAAUAUCACUUUGUGGCCUCAGCUUCCACAAUAGAACGGGACAGACAGAGGCCCUACUCCUCCUCACGUACUCCCUCCAUAUCACCAGUCAGGAUGUCCCCCAAUAAUCGUUCGGCGAGUGCCCCAGCCUCUCCCCGAGAGGUGAUUAACCUAAAGGAGAGGAAGUCUGACUAUGACACAACCGGGACCAACUCUGGCUACCAUGGGAGUAAAGGAGAGCAUAUCUCCAGAAAAGACACUCUUCCAGCCCAGCUUUCUGUAGUAGCCGGAUCAGGCUUCAGAAAUUCCUAUGCGACGCCCGUUGAAGGUACCAAGCACAACCAGGUCUCAUCACAACCUGUGGCACAGGAACCCAGUAGGAAAGACUAUGACACCUAUCAACCCUAUCAAAAUUCGACAGGAAAUUAUGAUGACUCUUUCUUUGAUGAUCAAGUGCACAGUCGCCCAGCAGCCAGUGAAUACAACAUGCAUCUCGGUCUGAAGUCAACAGGCAAUUAUGUAGAUUUCUACUCCGCUGCCCGUCCCUAUAGUGAGUUAAACUACGAGACGAGCCAUUACCCAGCCUCACCCGACUCCUGGGUCUAAGCAGUUGGCCCCUUGGGUCUGAGCAGAGGAGGCAGAUACACAAGAAAAGAAUAAUAAUACAAGACCCUGGGAACUGUGCAUGUGCAUGAAUACCACAAGACAUUUUUCAGCAAGUCUUAGUCUAUCAGUGGUCUGUUCCGUAGGACAGUCAUCAGGUGAAUCAUAACAGAUGGCGGUCAGAUGGAUAAGUACGGAGAGAAAUGCAAGUGACAUUCAGCUCAUACAAAGAAAUUGGAAAAUUUACUC